AUGGCGGCCCCUGGAGCCGCGGGCGCGGGCCUCUCGGGCUUGCUGCCCGUCCAGACCCCGCUGGAAUACGCGCUGCUCGACGCCGUCACCACGCAGGAGAAAGACAACCUGGUCUACCAGUACCUGCAGAAGGUGGACGGCUGGGAGCAGGACCUGGCCAUGCCCGAGUUCCCAGAAGGACUAGAAUGGCUGAAUACAGAGAGUUCCAUUUCUGUCUACAAGGAUCUUUGUGGAAAAGUAGUAGUCCUGGAUUUCUUCACUUACUGCUGCAUCAACUGCAUCCACUUGUUGCCUGAUCUUCAUGCAUUAGAACACAAGUACACUGAUAAAGAUGGCCUUCUCAUUGUUGGUGUUCAUUCAGCUAAAUUUCCAAAUGAAAAGGUUCUGGAUAACAUUAAAAGUGCUAUUCUUCGAUAUGACAUCACUCAUCCUGUGGUUAAUGAUGCUGAUGCUAUUCUUUGGCAAGAUCUGGAAGUUUCUUGUUGGCCAACCUUGGUCAUACUUGGACCCCGUGGAAACAUACUUUUUUCUUUGGUUGGAGAGGGACACAAAGAAAAAUUGUUUUUAUUUACUUCAGUGGCUUUAAAGUUCUACAAGGAGAGAGGACAGAUCAAGGAUAAUAAAAUUGGAAUAAAACUUUAUAGAGAUUCUUUGCCACCUUCUCCUUUACUUUUUCCUGGCAAAGUAACAGUAGAUCAUUUAUCUGACAGGUUAGUGAUAGCAGACACUGGUCAUCACAGAAUUUUGGUUGUGAGAAAGAAUGGACAAAUCCAGCACUGCAUUGGAGGUCCCAACAGUGGAAGUAAAGAUGGGACAUUUUUAGAGUCAACUUUCAAUUCUCCUCAAGGUGUGUCCAUAAAGAAUAACAUCAUAUAUGUAGCAGAUACAGAAAAUCAUUUGAUAAGAAAGAUUGACCUAGAAACUGAAAUGGUGAGCACAGUGGCUGGCAUUGGAAUACAGGGCACGGAUAAAGAGGGUGGUGCAAAAGGAGAGGAACAGCCCAUCAGUUCACCUUGGGAUGUUGUUUUUGGAACAUCAGGAGUCUCUGGAGAUGAUGUUCUAUGGAUUGCUAUGGCAGGGAUUCAUCAAAUCUGGGCACUUAUGUUGGAUGAUGGGAGACUACCAAAGAAAAGUGAGUUGAUAAAAGGAACUUGCCUAAGGUUUGCUGGAAGUGGAAAUGAAGAGAAUCGAAACAAUGCAUAUCCCCACAAGGCAAGUUUUGCCCAGCCUUCAGGCCUUUCCGUGGCUUCUGAAGAACCUUGGAACUGCUUAUUUGUAGCAGAUAGUGAGAGCAGUACUGUCAGAACUGUCUCACUGAAAGAUGGAGCAGUGAAACAUCUUGUAGGAGGAGAGAGAGAUCCCAUGAAUUUAUUUGCUUUUGGUGAUGUUGAUGGAGCAGGAAUCAAUGCAAAGCUUCAGCACCCACUUGGAGUAACUUGGGAUAAGAAAAGAAACUUACUUUAUGUGGCAGACUCCUAUAAUCACAAAAUUAAAGUUGUGGAUCCCAAAACAAAAAACUGCACUACAAUUGCAGGUACAGGAGAGGCAAGUAAUGUUAUCAGUUCAACUUCUAUAGAGUCAACUUUUAAUGAACCUGGAGGAUUGUGUAUUGGAGAGAAUGAUAAUUUGCUAUAUAUUGCUGAUACAAAUAAUCAUCAAAUUAAAGUGAUGGAUUUGGAAACAAAAAUUAUUUCUGUGCUCUCCAUCAUCAAUUCAGAAACUGCUGUUGUCGAUGGCCCAUUUCUCGAAAAGCAGAAGACAAUAAAACUACCCAAACUUCCUAAAUCUUCUCCAAAUGUUAAGCUUUCACCAUUGACUGUAUCUCCUGGACAGAGUCUUCAGUUUAUGCUAAGAUUAGGUCUUCCUGCAGAAACAAAAUUAACUGAAGGAGCACCCAGUUUCUGGUUUCUAACAGCUGAAGGUAAUGAAUGGCUUCUUGAAGGACAAACUCCAUCAGGAGAAAUUAGAAGUCUUUCUACACAACCUGUGAUAUCACUGAAGAUUCCACAUAGUUGCUUGUCAUUUGAAGUGGUUGUGUCCAUCUGCGUGUGUCUUUAUUAUUGUAGUUCAGACAGCAGUGCCUGUAUGAUGAAAGGAAUUUUAUUUAGUCAGCCUUUACAGAUUGCUAAUACACACCACAGUAACACGCCUCUGGUAGAGCUGAGAUAUGUGUUUUAG